GGGACGCCUCUCUUUCUACCUUUCUCUCUCUCUCUCUCUCCCUCUCUCUCUCUCCCUCUCAGUCUGCUAGAACGUUGUUGUGUUUAUUUCUGUGUCUUGUUGGGGCUAGGGCUGUGUGACAGUAUGAUCCAAUGGGGAAGAUAUCUGGGCCAGAGGGUGUUGCAGUCAUAUACCCCUUCACCCAGCAGCCGACGAAGCUUCCCCCCAUCCUUCUGGGACAGUAACUACUCAUCGCCACAGAGCCGCUCCCACUGUGAGACGGGAGUGCCCUCCUAUUCCAUGGACCCAUAUGCAUCAGGGCUCCACCCGGGCCUGCCUCAUCCGCACGCUCAUCCUCACCCGCACGCUCACCCUCACCCUCACCCUCACUCCCAUCCUCACCCUCCAGAGAGCUGGGGAUACCCCCAAGCGCAGGCCUACGGGCCACCAAGGCCUCUCCACGAACUUUAUGCACCUGCGGCUUUGGAGCCUCACUACGGGCCCCUACUGAUGCCCACCGUGAGGCCACCUCACCUCCCGGCCUUGCCGAGCCACUAUGAAGUGAGCAAGCUGGAACCCGCCGCCUCCUGGCCAAGCCUGCUUCCCCCGGGAGACGUCAGCCAGACGCUGGCACUCAACAUGGACGCAGGUACCCACUCAACCCUGUUGAGCUUUUGCAAACAGUGUCACAGUAUAUGAGCAGUCUGUCAUCAGAGCAGAUAUAAAAAUCAUAAAACGCAAAGACAGACCCUCAGACUCGGUGUUGACAAAUACAAAUCAGAUUAUUUAUGGCCACAACAAUAUGAGGAACACAUGUACUGUAUGUGUGUAUUGUGUAAUGUGUGUAAUGUGUGGGAUAUAAUGAGAACAUUCAGCAGCUUUUUUCCACUUUUAAUUGCUCUAGCACUUUACCCCAGAUAUAAAAGAAAACACAUGUAGCAUCCAUUCACUCAAAACACACACACACACACACACAUCUGCACAUAUCUGCAUUAACUUUCAACCCUUGAAACUUGUGCAUACAAUUGUGUUGAAUAGGCCCUGACACUCCCACACGU